GAUCGGUGCGUUACGUGACAUGCAUUAGCCAAUUUUUUCUCCCUACUCCUCCCUUUCUUCCCUCUGGUUUUGUCUCUCUCUAAACCCUAAACCCUUUGUAUUUCUCUAUCUUGGAUCCAAGCCAGACUGGACACACAAUUGAAGUGAUUUAUAGGGUUUUAAGGAUUUCCACAGCCAAUAUUUGUAGCGAUGGAGGUUGAUAUGGAGACUUCUCCCAGCUACUUCGACCCCGAAGAUCUCAGCACCAGAGAGCGCUAUCGUCGUUAUGGGAAAAGGCACUCAACUUCCAGUCACGACAAUUCAGUUUCUAAGUUCAGUGGAACCAGGAUUUUGUAUGAUGGGCAGAGCAUUGAAAGGCGGCCAAACGCUGCACUUUUUCUUGAAGAUAUCAAACAAGAGGUUGAGAGCUUUGAUUCUGAUCAAUUAGAAGGAACACCCGCAAAGACACAAUCUGCUUUGUGGAGAAAAUCAUUGGCUGGCAGUCGCGGUGUAUCUGAGGUAGAUGCUGCUGCUGAUUCAAUACGUCGACCUGGAAGUUAUUCAUUAAAAUCUUGCAAGCAUGAGGAUGAUGCAUUGUCAGAUGGUGGAGAUACAACUUUUACUUUAUUUGCUUCUCUACUUGAUUCUGCUCUCCAAGUUGACAGUCUGUGUAUCACAGGGUUGAUGCCUAUCCCUGAUUUGAUAUUGCAAUUUGAGAGAUCUUGCCGCAAUGUAUCAGAGUCAAUAAGGUAUGGAUCCAAUGAAAGACAAAGAAUUGUGGAGGACAAGUUGAUGAGGCAGAAGGCUCGACUCUUACUUGAUGAGGCUGCUUCUUGGUCUCUUUUGUGGUACCUAUAUGGGAAAGGAAAUGAAGAACUUCCAGAAGAUCUGAUGCUGUCGCCUACAACUUCGCAUUUGGAGGCUUGCCAGUUUGUUGUUGCAGAUCAUACAGCACAAUUAGGCCUCCGGAUUGUUCAGUGGCUUGAAGGAUUAGCCUCCAAAGUGCUUGAUUUGGAUAAUGAGGUGAUGACUCUGCUACUUUCUCCUGUUUUGACAGUCUAAUGCUUAUCCAUGGUU